GGGCCUGAGCCGGGCUGCUCCUGGGUCCGCGAUUUCACAUCGGAAACAAAACAGCGGCUCCUCAGGAAGGAAGCCCGGCGGCGAGCGGUCGGCGGCGGGGAAAGAGUAGACUGAUUCUGGGAACCUGUGAGUGACAACAGCCUGUGAAAUCCCUAAAAAGCUUGGCCAGGAGGAGGACACAUGAAAAAAAGAACCCCAAGAGACUUUGUUUUCUGUGAAAAAAUAUUUCUAUACAGUUGCUCCAAUGACAGAGUUACCUGCACCUUUGUCUUACUUCCAGAAUGCACAGAUGUCCGAGGACAACCAUUCAAGCACUACUAUACGUAACCAGGGUGACAGCAGGGACCAGCAGGAGCAGAGACAGCAGCAGAGGCGGAGGCGCAGCAACCCUGAAUCAGUCUCUAAUGGGCGACCCCAGGGUGGUGGCCAGCAGGCAUUGGAACAAGAGGAAGAAGAUGAUGAGGAGCUGACAUUAAAAUAUGGCGCCAAGCAUGUGAUCAUGCUCUUUGUCCCCGUGACUCUUUGUAUGGUGGUGGUUGUGGCUACUAUCAAAUCUGUCAGCUUUUAUACCCGGAAGGAUGGACAGCUAAUCUAUACCCCAUUUACAGAAGACACUGAGACAGUCGGCCAGCGAGCACUGAACUCAAUUUUGAAUGCUAUUAUCAUGAUCAGUGUCAUUGUUGUCAUGACAAUUCUCCUGGUGGUUCUAUAUAAAUAUAGGUGCUAUAAGGUCAUUCAUGGCUGGCUAAUUAUUUCAUCUUUGUUGUUGCUGUUCUUUUUCUCAUUUAUUUACUUGGGGGAAGUAUUUAAAACUUACAAUGUUGCCAUGGACUACAUUACUGUUGCUCUCCUGAUCUUCAAUUUCGGUGUGGUGGGAAUGAUUGCUAUCCACUGGAAAGGGCCACUGCGACUGCAGCAGGCGUAUCUCAUCAUGAUCAGUGCCCUCAUGGCCCUGGUGUUCAUCAAGUACCUCCCAGAAUGGACCGCAUGGCUCAUCUUGGCUGUGAUUUCAGUAUAUGAUUUAGUGGCUGUUUUGUGUCCAAAAGGCCCACUUCGAAUGCUGGUUGAAACAGCUCAGGAGAGGAAUGAAACUCUGUUUCCAGCCCUUAUUUACUCCUCAACAAUGGUGUGGUUGGUGAAUAUGGCAGAAGGAGACCCAGAAGCCCAAAGGAAGGUAUCCAAAGCCUCCAAUCACAAUGCACAAAGCUCAGAAGGUAACUCACAAGACCCUGUGACAGAGAGUGACGAUGGCGGCUUCAGUGAGGAGUGGGAAGCCCAGAGAGAUAGUCGUCUCGGGCCUCAUCGCAGCACACCCGAGACACGAGCUGCUGCCCAGGAAAUUUCCAGCAGUAUCCUGACUAGUGAGGACCCAGAGGAAAGGGGAGUAAAACUUGGAUUAGGAGAUUUCAUUUUCUACAGUGUUUUGGUUGGCAAAGCUUCCGCAACAGCCAGUGGAGACUGGAACACGACCAUAGCCUGUUUCGUAGCCAUAUUAAUUGGUCUGUGCCUUACAUUAUUACUCCUGGCCAUUUUCAAGAAAGCAUUGCCAGCUCUUCCCAUCUCUAUUACCUUUGGGCUUGUUUUCUACUUUGCCACAGAUUAUCUUGUACAGCCCUUUAUGGACCAAUUAGCAUUCCAUCAGUUUUAUAUCUAGCAUAUAUGCAAUUAGAAUCCCAUGGAUUUUUCUCCUUUGACUAUAAUAAAAUCUGGGGAGGACAAGGUGGUUUUCCUGUGUCCACAUCAAAGUCAAGAUUCCCGGCUGGACUUUUGCAGCUUCCUUUCAAGUCUUCCUGACCGUCUAUACUCCGGGGCAUUAGAAGGAAGUGUCUACAGAAAAUGGUUAUGAACAUUCAUCAUGGUGACAUCUUGGUGGAAAUGAGUCCCUUGGUGCAAAAUUCCUGAUUUGAGGGACAAUGACAAGGAAAAGUGAUGGGCCCAGACGUUGGCUGUGCUCCUGCUGGCAGUUUGACCUUUGGUGGCAGGGGAAUUUUGCCACUGCUGCAGCCUCUCAGGAUGCCAUUACCAAGAGGUAGAUGAAGUGAUUUCAGCCAAACAGAAUUCUUCAUCAUAAACUCCACAGUGAAAAGCAACCUAAUAAAUCUUUAUGGGAUUCCGACCCUUUUCAAGAGGUACUAUAGGGAGAGCAAGCAAUAACAGCAAAAUGAAAAGGUGGAGCAAAAUGUUCAUGUCACACUCUUCUCUUUUUUUUUUUCCUGAACUUCUUUUUAAAUGAGACUUGUUUUCACCUGAGUCAAGUCAGAUGUGUAGGUUGGUUUUGGUGAUUUUUGUUCUCAAGCACUGAAACUCAUUGCCAUUGAUGGUUGCCAAUUCUGCCCAAGGCCAGUCUGAACUUUUUGAAGUUGCUUUAUCUUAAAAGUCUUAACCUUAGGUUCCAAAAUUCAGUAAUUUCUGGAAAUAAUGGGACUACUACUCAGCAAUUUCCUACUUUUAUUUAGGUAAUUUUGGGGUUUUCCACCAAAUUCCUAAUUUUCCAACAUACUUGUCCAGUCACUUCCCCAGAUGCCUCUUCUUGUCCUCUUCCACUUCACUUCUCCCAUACACAGUUCUGAGGCAAAUAAGACAGCUCACUGUGGGAGCAAAUGACCCAGUUACUCUAGGAUUUUGCUCUUCGUGUGGUGCAAAGAAUGUGCUAUGAAUCAGUACUGUCAGCCUUGCUGACCUAAUUUUUUUUUUUUUUUGAUCACAAGUACAAUGUGUGCCCAAAGAGAGUAGAAUUAAAGAAGAGUAAAAUGGCUGGUGAAGCACUUUCUGUCCUCGUUUUUCUUUUUGUUCACUACAGUCACCUAUUUCUUAAUAGCAGGUCAGAAUUUGAACCAUCAGCCCCAAACUGGUAGUCUGUAAAAUGUACAGACCAUUUGUGUCAGUCCAAAACAGGAGUCUAAAGGAAACCAGCAUUUCACUUGUGAGCCAUGGGAGAAUCUGGAGUCAGGAGGACCAGCUGCCAGGAGAACCAAGAAGAGGCCUCUGGCAGUCCGCAGGGCGAAUGAGCUGCUGUUCCCUAGCAAGUACUAAGGAGGAGAUUCACUUAUCUACUAAAAUCAUUUUCUGAUUGGGGUUUUUAGGGUUUCCCUUUGGUUAUGUGAGUUGGGUAGUGAUGUUUGACCCCAUAGACAGGCGUUGUGCCUAUCGGAGUCCUGGGCCCAGGACACCUCUAAAUAGAGCCUUUCCUUACCCAAGCCAGGGGAUCAGUCAUCUCCUUCUGUGACUAAACAAAGAGCAGCCUUUCCUUUUUCCUGACAUUUUCUCCCGGCCUAUCUGGGAUCUCACUUGGGGUUCACCUUGGCUUCUGAUGAGUGUUUCAGAUAAACUAACUUAAAAAGUAGUGUGUUGUACUGAGUAGAAGUAAUUGCUGGUUCUUACUGGGUCGUUGGAACUUGAAGAAGAGCUUUGCAGCGAGUGUUAGAGCUGUAGACUCUCUUAUCCCUGGUCCCCCCCACCCCCACACACACACCCCUUCUCCCCACCCCUACAUUUUCAGUUUCUUUUUUAUCCUCUCAGCCUUAAGGCACUGUGAAUAUUACCUUCUGGAAAGGCAGAGUUCAGCAACCACUGGAACAGACUUGUGAUUGGAAGCAGUGUUGGGAGAGUCCUAAUCUAGGGCAGCUGAUUUUUUCCAAAGUCCAGAUGUGCUUUCUCUCAUGAAAGGCUCACCCCAGAUGAAGUAUGUGUAUGCGUGAGCAUGUUUGAAUCCACCCUGUGUACUGUAGCUCCGUAUAGACCGUUUGCAAUAAAUCUCUCGUUUUUCUACAAGUUGGAAGCACCUCUUGGCAUUGGGAUAAAACAUUUUUCUGAAGCCACAGUCUUAGAUGCAGACCUUUUCUUUCAGACAUUCCGUUUGAACCAAUUCAUUUUUUCCUGAAAUAAAAGAAUGCUACUCCUCCACUUUGAAAAAUGUCCACAGAGGAGACAGUAAGAAUCCCACAGAGACUGUGCAUGGGCCAGGCAAAACAACUGAUCCAGCAUGAUUAGCUAAGCCAUACUGCUUAAGAAAAGAAACAAAACAGCAAAAUAGAACUAGUAGGCAGAGAAACAGAAAAGGAGCCACAGAUGUCAGGUCUUAGGGCCUGCUGAACGAGGAGUCUUCUCACAGACUGCUGCUAUGUUUCUCUCUGUAAAUACCCACCAUGUGGGAAGAAUGGUAAAUCUUUUUCCGAGAUGAAGUGCUCUUUCCUGUUUCCGCUUCUCCCUAGUGUGUGGUCUAGGAUCACAGCUUUCACUGUAAAUUCCUAAAUUCCUUGAUGGAGGGGUGGGGGAAAACUUGUUUAAGUAACAUGGAAGAAAACAUGUAAGCAAUUUAUCAACUUCACAAAGGCACACUGACUACAGAGAUUCUUCUGGUUUAAGAAGGUGCCCAAACAAAUAAUAUAUUUAGUACAUUUCCUUCUACUUGCCUCAAGCAACUUUGUCCGGGUAAUCUCCAUGGCACUCGUAGAAUGUCAGCCACCCUAUAAGAGUUCCCCAGGUCUGAAGCCUCGGAAGAUCACUGAUCCCAACCCCUGCGCUUGGCUGUGAUAGAUUUAUGAUAAAUUUAUGAUCUAUCCUUGAAAGAAAAAGUGCUCAGAAACCACUACAAAAAAGAUUUAUUUACUCUUUCCAUGUUCCGGUCAGGGUGCCAAGAUCUAGAAAUAAAAAAAUUAGGAUUGAAGAAAUGAUUUCAUAAACUGAGUCCAUUCAGGAAGAGCAGAGUCAAUCCCCAGCACUACAUGGCCCUCUGAGCACUGCCCAGAGUGACCCCCCCGUGCCCCAACUCCAGCUACACCACCAGGUAUGGCUCACAAACCAAAAAUAUUUUUUUAAUGAAAAUGCAAAGAUGAACUAGAUACAUUCCCAGGGACUGGGGAAAUGACUCCAAGGGUUGGAGUGCUUGCUUUGCAUGCAGCGGCCUGGGCUUGAUCCCUGGCUCCUUGUGGUCCCCCCAAGCACUGCUUUGGAAGUAGUCCCCAACACUCGCACCCAAAAGAGAAAAAUAUAUAUCCCCAGAAUGCAGCUGUGAUCUCCUGUUUCCAGGUGUAAGCCAUCUUUAACGGCUCUAAAUUAUUGCAUACUUAACAAUAACUCCUUUUUACUGUUAACUUUAUGGAGAGCUUUAACACGGAUCCAGUGAUGACUUCCUUUUUCUAGAAACCGACCCUUUAGCAUACAGCUUUCUCUCUGAAUUUGCUUUUGAAUAGUCCAUAAAGAGCAGACUUGCCCAAGCCCAGCUUGCUUGUCCCGCCUCAUGGCCAAUCAGGCCUUCCACUCACUGUUUUUCCACCUGCUGACAUUUAGGUGAUCCUAAAUGGUGGCAUCACUGCUGUGCUGUAGGCCCAACUACCCACCUGUGGCAUCCUCAGUGAGAACAUUUCCCUUUGUGGAGAAAUAUUUUGAGAAUGUUCACAGACAACCUUUGUGAGAAAGUGAGCUACAACGCUUUCAUCUCUGUGAACCUGUGUCUCCUUAGAGGUUUCAGCCUGGGCCAAGUUCAUCUUCAUCAGUGCAAGGAGUACAGGAUAUACUAGAGCACCAUCAUGGCUUUCCUCUCCAGCAGAAGCCUUUGCAUUUAAUGGCUCCCUCUUCCCACAGUCCACACCAUCCCAUUCUGGGGCCUUCUGCCUGACCGGGUUUCCUGGCGGGAGAUGGUAAACGUUCUUGGAUCUCUGGUGACCCUCCCCAGUGAAGGGAAGCUGAGGUCAGCCAUUCCCAGUCCCUCCAGACUCCUUGCUUUGUUCCAUACCACAACAAGUGUUUAAAAAUAAUAAUCUGGCCUGCAGAUAACGCCCACCUCUAAAGGUACCCCAAUCAGUGUGAACCAAGACUGGGAAAAUUGGGACUUCUGAUUUUGCCCUGAAAAACAGUACAUCAUAACUGAGCCCAAAAGUGACCCUUGUGAUCCUUUUUCAAGUCCCCAAGCAUACUUAAAAUGGCAACUUUAGCUUUUUAGAACCUUCAGUGAAAUUGCCAAAUCAAGAGUACCAGCCAGGCUGUCACCUUUGUCCUCUUCUCUGGUAGGAAAUGCCUCCGAUGUAUAAAUUCAAAAGGGGUUCAGAACCAAACUCUCUUCUUAGAAUGUUCAAAUAUCUGAAGACUUUUCCCAGUCUGGCCGCCUGCGUUGCCUGAGCUAGCCUUUGAGUCUUCCUCAGGCUCCGGCAGGGAACUGUGGGUGUCAGCCUGGUCUGUGCAGCAGUAAGGGGGUCCCCCGGAAAGCACCUUUCCUUUUCAAUAAUCGUUUCAGCAGGGAAGCUUCCAAAUGAACUAUUCAGAGCAGUGUUUCUCCACCAGAAAGUUCCAGUGGGCCACAGGUGAGAAUUGCAUGAACCGGGUGGAGGGGCACAGCGUGAGACUAGGGACCAACUGGUAUGAUGUGGGUGGGCUGGUCACAGGAUGGGAAUAUGGUGCAAGAGGUUGAGAAACCCUGGUCUAGAGUAGUGACUGAAGGCUGAACUUGUUUACAUAUGAUUGGAGGUGCUGGGACAUGGGCCACAUUGGAAUCAUUUAUUCUCAUGUCCAUUGUCUGGCUUUUACUUCUACAGACAUUGCUCUGUACAUGACUCAGACAGACUGUGAAUACAUCUUUUUUAAAUACCUUUCAAAUUCUUGGUAAGAUAAUUUUGAUAGAUGAUUGCUGAUUUUCCUGUAUUUAUCAGAUGAAUAAAGACUGCAUGAAUCCA